GGAAGUAGCGAGUGUGUGUGAGAUCUGAGCUUAAAUAAAGCAGUAUGUCCUGUUUUACUCUGGAUUUAUCUCUCAGCUCUUCAUAAACAAACUCUUAAACUGUCUAACCUCGCACUGAAUUCCAAACUCCAGCCGUUAAUGACUGAAUAAGAUGGAUCAGAGCGAGUUCGAGGACAUAGAUUCACCUGGACAGUGGCAACAUCUCUAUAAUGAAAUCCGUAAUCUGUCUCAGGAAUGUUCCUACAAAGUUGCAAAAUUCCCUGAAAACCAGAACAGGAACAGAUACCGAGACGUCAGUCCAUACGAUCACAGUCGGGUCAGGUUACAGAAUUUGGAGAAUGAUUACAUAAAUGCCAGCCUGAUAACCAUGGAGGAAGCCCAGAGGAACUACAUACUGACACAGGGCCCUUUGACGAACACUCUCGGUCACUUCUGGUUAAUGAUCUGGGAGCAGCGGUCGAAAGCCGUCAUCAUGCUCAACAGAGUAAUAGAGAAAGGCUCGGAGAAGUGUGCGCAGUACUGGCCCUCGGAGGAAGAGAGACAAAUGUGUUUCAGUGAUACAGGCUUCGUGGUGACUCUGAUGUCUGAAGACGUAAAGUCUGAUUUCACAAUACGAGAGCUGGAGCUUCAAAACAUUAAAACAGGAGAGAGACGAGACAUCUACCACUUCCAUUACACCACAUGGCCUGAUUUUGAUGUGCCCGAGUCCCCAGCGUCCUUCCUCAACUUUCUGUUCAAGGUCCGAGAGUCCGGCUCACUGGAGCUGGAUAACGGUCCGGCCGUGGUGCACUGCAGUGCGGGGAUCGGCCGGUCAGGGACCUUUUCAUUGGUCGAUACUUGCCUGGUUCUGAUGGAUAAGAAGAAGGACGCCUCGGCCGUGGACGUCCAGAAGGUCCUGCUGGACAUGAGGGAGUAUCGCAUGGGGCUCAUACAAACCCCCAGCCAACUCCGCUUCUCCUAUAUGGCCAUCAUGGAAGGAGCCAAGUGCAUCCUGGGAGACGUAUCUCCAAAGCAGAAACAGCAGAUGAUGUGUAAAAAGGAACAGGGGUCGGAGAGCAACCCGGCCUCAGCUCUGCAGGACACUGUGAGACGACCGGAUGAACUGAACGGACUGACAGAAAUACCAUCCGGAGAACGAGAAGAACGGAAAACAGAGUUAAAGGCAGAGAGCUUACGUAAGAGGCAUCGUGAGGAGCGGAUAGCCAGCACGGCACAGAAGGUUCAGCAGAUAAAGCAGAAGCUGAGCGACGCAGAAAAGAAGAAAGAAAACUGGCUGUACUGGAGACCCAUCCUGUUAAACGUGGGAGCUGGGACGGCUGUAGCACUGGGACUGGUCGUGUGCUGGGCUUUUCUCUCCCAGUGACGCAUCACGAUCAUACAGACUCAGGCUUUCACUCACUUUGGUGCGUUGGUGCUGCACAACUUCGGCGAGCCAGGUUUGAGAGCACCGCUCGUUACUGCCUGAGUGGGGGUUGCCAUGUUCUUCCCAUUCCCAAUCUCAAUCUCAGAAAUGUGCCAGUACGAGAAUUGGCUACUUUAAAAUGACCCGAAGUGUAAACUGGUGAAAGUUUGGAUCUCUGUGAUGGACCCGGGUUCUGUGGACCUGGGAUUAGCCCUGAAACCCUGAGACAUCAAUGAAUUAAGUGAAUAAAGUGCUCACUGGCGGUGGAAUGCUCUCUUCAACCCAAACAAAACAUUCUUAAAAGAUACUGAUACUAUUCUGCCUGAUUUCUGUAAUGAUGUAUUGACAUUAUUGACUCUUUAAGCAAUAUACGCUGUGUCUUAACAGUUGUAAGAGUUUAUAAGCUUGCUCUGUUAGCACCGUCAUCAAAAAAAAGCUGUUAGCUCCAGCAUGGUACUGUUUUUCCCGGUAUCUCUUUUGGUAUGUCACUUCCUCAGGAUAUAUUUAGGUAUGACUCGACAUCGGGACAUGUUCAUUCAGCUGUUCACUUUUUAUCAAUGGUCUGUAUGUUCACUUUGUGUGGUUUUAAUAUUAAAGUGACUGUAAGGUAUCACACCACGUUCAACACAUUGGUUCUGUCCGGUUUUGAAAAUAAUAGGGAUGUAUAUAGUAAACAUUGUACUGAAUAAAAUAUCCUUUGUCCGUU